CCCGGACGCCGUGACAACAGACGCCGCUCCUCCGACGCGCUGUCCAGGUGUUCAGUGUGAUAUUGCAGAGAUCUGGACCGUUUUUGGAGCUUGCUGGAGGUGAUAUGCUUUGUCUCCGAGCCUGGCUGUCACUCGGAUGUCUGAAAUGCCGUCUUUCCAACUCCCCCGUCUCUCAGAGAAUGACGCAGGAGCACCGUUAAAAUGAAGACUGACACGGGGAUGAGAAUUUGAGCUGUGUGUUUAUACCUCCGGUGGGAAACGCUAGCGGUGUCGCUAGCCAGCUAGCCAGACAGCUCAGACGGUUAUCGGAUUUGUGGGGCCAUGGCUGGGCUCAUCAAGAAGCAGAUCCUGAAGCAUCUCUCCAGGUUUGCUAAGAACCUGUCGCCAGAUAAGAUCAACCUGAGCACGCUGAAGGGGGAGGGCCAGCUGACCAACCUGGAGCUGGAUGAGGAGGUUCUCCAGAGCCUGCUGGACCUGCCCACCUGGCUGGCCAUCAGCCGUGUGUGCUGCAACAAGGCCACCAUCAGGAUACCAUGGACAAAGCUGAAGACUCACCCAAUCUCUUUGAGCCUCGAUAAAGUAGAGAUGGAGAUGAGAACCUGUGAUGAGCCUCGUCCCCCCAAUGGACCGUCUCCCAUAGCGACAGCAUCAGGACAAAGUGAAUAUGGCUUUGCUGAGAAGGUGGUAGAGGGGAUGUCACUGUCCAUCAACUCCAUCGUCAUCAGGAUCAGUGCCAAGGCCUUUAACGCCUCCUUUGAGCUCUCCCAGCUGCAGGUCUACAGCGUCAACACCAGCUGGAGUAUCAGUGACCUGCGGUUCACCCGCAUUCAGGACCCUCAGAGGGGAGAGAUCCUGACGUUCAAGGAGAUCAGCUGGCAGAUGAUCCGUAUCGAGGCUGAUGCCAUCCAGAGUGCUGAGCAUGAGAUGCUAAGCGCCCCCAUUCGCCUCAUCACCAAUCAGUCCAAGAUCCGAGUCACUCUCAAGAGACGGAUUAAGGACUGUAACGUGGUGGCCUCCAAGCUGAUUCUGAUCCUGGACGACCUGCUCUGGGUGCUGACCGACUCCCAGCUCAAAGCCAUGGUGCAGUAUGCCAAGUCUCUCAGCGAGGCCAUGGAGAAGUCUGCGCAGCAGAGGAAGAGCAUGGCCACAGAAGACCAGGAGUCAUCAGCGCCCCCCUCGGCCCAGCAGGUGCGUACCCAGCAGGCGUCCACAGCAGCUGACCAGAGUGCAUCCAUGGCCAAGCUGUUCAGCGCCUACGACGUAUGCGAAACAUCUCACCACCUCCAGAUCACGCACCUCGACCUGCACAUAUGUGACGACAUCCACGCUAAGGACAAAGUGAUCAGUAAGAGAAUAACGGGUGGAGCCAUGCAGCUUUCCUUCAGUUCCAUCACUCUUGACUACUACCCUUUCCACAGAGCAGGUGACAGUUGUGCCCACUGGAUGCACUACAGCGAGGCCACCAAGACCAGAGAGGGCUGGGCACGGAGUCUGCUCGAUGAGUUCAAGGUCAACGUGGAGAUGUUAAAGACUACAGUUCGAGACAAGCAAGGCCCGGCCCCUGCCCAAAGUUCCCCACAACAUGUGUCCCUUAGGGACGAUGUGUAUGGGCCUCUAGGAAGUCAGGAGAGAGCAGGAGUAGGGCUUAGGGAGGCAGAUGGAGAACUCCUAGAGUGGAGCUCAUACACACAACCUCCGGCCCAGUGCUGCUGGUGCCUAGAGCCAGGUAAGAUAAACACCUCCUCCAGCGCUUCCUUCAGUCCUCCUCCCACUCAAAGCCCCAAGACCCAGCUCAUGUCCAGCUCAGUUGUUCUCAGGAUGGCUGACUUCAGCAUCUACCAGGUGUCUACAGCAGACCAGCGUCGCUCCAGCCCCAAGACCAUGAUCUCCUGCAAUAAGAAGUCCUUGUACCUUCCCCCAGAGAUGCCAGCCAUUCAUGUCGAGUUCACGGAGUAUUACUUCCCUGAUGGAAGAGACUACCCCAUCCCCUGUCCUAACCUGUACGUUCAGCUGAACGCCCUGCAGCUGGUUCUGGAUCCUCGCAGCCUGGUGUGGAUCAAUCUUUUCACCCUCGACCUCAGGCAGAGCCUGGAGCAGUUCAUGGAGAUCUACAAGCUCAGCGACUCACAGAAACCCGACGAGCAUGUUGACAUCAAGGUUGACGGCCUAAUGCUCAAGCUGGUGAUUCCCACGGAUCGGGACACCACCUGUCCCCCUGAUCUGCCUCGCUCCAUCUCAGUGCAGACCUCAGAAAUGGUGGCCACGAACACCAGGCACCCGGCUAACUGCACCCGCUCCCACCUUGAGGCCUUGCUGCAGGCCUUUGAAGAGGAACCCUUCUUCUCUCCCUCUUUCUCCUCAUUCCCUCGCUCCUCCUCCUCCUUACCCCUCCUCCAUCCUGUCUUCCAGCGCCACGCUCACGAACAAGACACCAAGCUCCAUGACAUCUACCGGGGCCUGGUGGUGCCGACGAUGGGCACAGAUGCCCUCAAGAUGCCAGCUGCCACUGACUUCUGGGCGUUGCACUUUGCCCAGUUCUGGGUGGACUAUGAAGGCACCCGUGGAGGCAAAGGGCGGCCGCAGCCUUUUGUGGACUCCUUCCCUUUGACUGUGUGGGCUUGUCAGCCUGCAAAGAUUGUCCAUCACCAGGAGAGGCUCAGGUGUGCUGCUGGAUCAGUUUUGUCCAGGAGCACAUCUGGAGAGGCUGUUGCACGUCUGCAGAGAAAACGUUUACUAAAGGAGUAUUACAGUACUGAUGGUGCACCGACAUCAUCUCACAGCAACAAUGCAACACUGCCACCCAGUAAUGGACUCCAUAAACCCCCCUCAUUAGAUAGCCUGUCUUCCUCUUCCUCUUUGUCAUCAUCAAGUAAAGAUGGAGAUGUGCAUAUAUUGGUGCAAGUGCAGAAGCAGUUAAGUGCUCAGGUGAGCCACCGGCACUAUGUGUUUCUGAUGCAUCUUCAGCGCAGCAUCAAAGCCCUGCAGCAGACACUACAGAAGGAUCUGGAGGAGAUGGGCUCCAAAAAAGAACGCAAAGAUCCUUCUCAGCCUCCUGCAGACCACCAGCCCUUCACUGUGUGCCUGGGCCUCCUGCUGAAAAGCGCAGAGGUGUCCCUGCUCCUGAAGCCCGUCCCCCAGCCUGAGGGUUCAGGAUCUCCUCUAGGGUCCGAGCUCUCCCCCUCAGAGAGCCGAGGAACUCUGGAGCCGGGGAGUGACGCAGGAGAGGGGAUUGAGAAGGGGAGUGACGGAGCUGGAUCUGGGUCUGAAGGAGGAGCAGCCAAAGGGGCAUGCACUGUAGACCAGCUGUUAUGUGGGGAACGCUUGGAGGGCGGAGCCACACAUGGUCCCGCCCCUCUUGUCCCAACUUCAACUACACGUCCUGACUCAAAUCACAAAGCCUCACUGGAGGAGAGGACUUUAGCUAAAACCCCUGGGAGGUGGAGUUCAGAUGAAGUGGGCGAGGUGGCAGUGGAUGGGUUGGCUGGGGGCGAAGAAGUGGCAGCUGGACUAGACUCUAAAACCCAGACGAGUGACGCCCUGUCCGACCCACUUAGGAGCAAAGACUGGAGUGACAAAGACACAACUGUAGCCGGCAAGAUGCCUCAGUCAGUAUCCAGGAAAGGAAGUUUGUCUGUGGUUUCUGAUCUCCUCAGCUCCUCAAACUCCAGCAGAUCCACCUCCCUUUAUUCCAUGUCCAACAUCGGUCGUCUGAUGCGGGACCGCUCCCAGUCCAGUUUCUCUGUGUCCUAUAAGAACAUGAAGAAGAGCCCGUCCCUGCAGUCGCUGGACAACAUCUCCAUAGACAGCUACUUGAUGGAGGACGGUGACAAUUACAGUCUGCUGGAGAGAGAUGAUGUGUCCAUCUCAGGCUUCAAGGAUGCCAUCAGCGAACAGAGUGCCACUGAGAGUGCCACAGAGGCAGUGAUUGGUCAGGAGCAGGAGGGAGGCGUGUCCCCCGACACAGUCAGUGCUACCUCUCAGAGCACCGAUGAUCCCACCAAAGAUAUAGUGUCUGUGCUGGUGUUGAAGGUGCAGUCGGUGUGUGUGAGCAUGGAGGCGGUGGGCGAGAGCACGGCCGUGGCCCUGGAGGUGGGCCAGGUCACACCCAGCCAGCUGGGCAACGUCAGCCAUAGACAGUACCUCAGCAACCGCAGCUUGGGUAUGGUGAGUUCAGUACCAAUGCCUGCUCAAAGCAGCCAAGCUGGUGGCGAGAUCAGCUCUGCGUCCUUCAGGGCCUUUCACAGUCCAGAGGUGCGGGCUCGGCUUGAGAGCGGGCCCUGUGCAGCCGCUCAUUCCCCGCUGGCUGAGCGCAACGGCUUCCUACAGCUGCGUCUCCACGGAUACCAAGCGAGCUUCUUGAUGUCCACGCUGCGUAACGUGGCCCACUUCCUGGAGGACGACUCUGCGUCGCUGGUGCUUCCCAUGGAGAUCAGUGUCAGGGACACGCACAUCAACUUAAAGGACGACGGUCCCAGAGACAAUCCGUCAGAGUCCUCGCCUAUCACCCUGCAUGUGGACACUCUCAUCAUAAUCCGAAGAGACGACGGCUCCUUCUCUAUAGGAGUGGACACAGCAGCAGAGACCAAACCCAGGAAAGAUGGAGUGUUGAUUGACAGCGCUCUGAGUCCGGUCCCUGAGGCCGUGACCCGCGUCUGCUGUGUACCAAAGGGUACACAGACCCAAGCCCUGCCCACCAGCCCCCCUCCAUCUACAAAAGAAAAGAUGCUGGUGGAGGAGAACGAAUGUUUGAAAAUGGAGCUGUCCCGAGCCAAGAUGGCGCUGGCUGAGGCUCAGAUGGAGAAGGACUCGCUACUGCACCGCAUGAAGAACCUCAAAGUCAGCACCAGCUAGACCCGGCUCUCUCUUCACACCCACUCAUAAGGGCUGAUGCUGAUGUGCAGGGGUCAGCAAAAUAAUUAAAGGCAUCAAUAAGUAAAGGGGGAAAUUCAUCACUAAAACAGCUCCCUUUAUGCGCUAAUUUGUUCAGUGAGCCACCAUGUGACUUUAGACUACAAAAUAAUUCCUUCAUAAAGCAAUGCAGAGUCUGUGUCAAGACUCAAAAAUACAUGUUUUUACAUGCUUGUCGUCUGUUUUAUGUUCUCCACUUUGGACUGUGGAGUCUCGGUGCAUUUGGGGAGGGUUGAAAAGUGUGUGUGUGUGUGUGUGGUGUGUGUGUGUGUGUGUGCGAGAAAGAGGAUGAGGAUCUAUAUCCAUGGUUGUGCCUACAGAAAACCUUUCACACUAUUCCGGUUGUUCAAGUUAAAUAAGAAAGAAAACACACACAGCUAAUCUUAGAUGAGCUUCAUUCAAUACUGUAGGUAUGAAGGAAAACUGAAUGUCAUAUCUUCAGAUGAAUGUCUCGAAAAAUGACUUAUUUUGCACUGCACUGAAAUUUAGUGUUUUCAUAUUCGGAGGGAACGAGACUAAUCAUUCUGUAACUCGUCCUCAGAGUGUGUACAGUGUUUAAUGUAUAAGAAUGUGAACACAGCUAUUUUGUGUGUGUGUGUGUGUGUGUGUGUGUCUCCAGAACAAGCAUUUCAUUAAAAGCAGAGGAUACAUUUAUAUCCGUCAGUUCCAUGACUCUGUCAGCAAAAUGCCCCACAGUAAUGUCUGUACCCCUCACCCCCACCCCUUCCUAUUUUUCUAUGUGUAAAUAGCUUCUUAGGAUGUGCAGCACUUUUAAAACUGAGGCACUGUAAAUACAACCAGAACUGUGAGAGAACAAGAGUUAAGCAGACAAGUAGAGAGAGUAAUUUAGAAAAGUAAAAUGUGUGUGCUCCCCUCUUAAAAAUAAAAUGAAGAGGAGUAGGAAAAGAAAGGCACAUUGAAGCUGCCUGACUACAUAUAUAUGUGUGUCUUUAUGUAAAUUUCUAAUUUGCCAUGUGUAAUAUUUUUUUCAUGGAAAAGCAUUGACCAUAUCUGCUGCUGUUCUGUCUUUCAUAUCCGUGUGAUGAUUUCAGGGGAAAUCCCUGAAUAGAUGUUAAAAAUGACUCAAACUGACUGACUUUGCUAACAGCACAUACUUUGGCACAGCACAAAAGACUAUAAAUGGACAGUUUGACAGUUUUGUCUCAAAACUUUGCGCUCACUUAUCAGUUAACAGUGGAUUCAGUACAUCCAUAAGUCUACAUAUGUCAUAAUGUAUACUUCAGCUCGGCCCAGUUCAUUUCAGUUUUUUUUGUUUGUUUUAAAGAGUUCUUGUUUCUGUAAAAGAUGUGAAAUACAAGUAGUUGUCUGCACAAACCCUCUAUCAAGACUUGAAACAUCAGAGGUAGGAUUUCAACAACAUUGCAUGUGAAGAGUUUUUGUUCGGUGGAGAGGAAGAUUUUCUUUUUCACCUAUGGUUUUCCCUCAUCACAGCCCUCCUCCCCUGUCUGGGAGACUCCACCCUCUGAAACCCUGUGGAGGAAGGAAAAAGACACAGAAAGUAAUAACUUGUAUUUUGUCUGUCAAAGCUGCUGAAAUACUGAUGAAAAUAAAAGGGUAUCCUAUUGAAAGGUU